UCUCUUGGUGAUGGUCAUCAAAUUUUGUACCAUGACUAAAUUCCUCUCGUUCUGUUUGUUUUUCGCGUUUAUUAUCAAAUCACAUCGAGGUGAUGUGAGUGGAAGCGAGAAGGCCGUUGUUACUAUAGCGGCUUUGGCCCCAAUGACAGGAGAAUGGGAUGUGGGACGGACGACUGCCGCGGCCAUCCCCAUAGCGGUCGAGGACAUCAACAACGAUUCGACCAUUCUACCMAACCACGAACUACAGUUUGURUUUGGGAAUACGAAUUGUUCGUCUCUGACCGCCCUCCCGAUUGUCAUGAAUUUCUGGGCAGCAAAUAAAAGAAACGUYGAUGCUUUCAUUGGUGGUGGYUGUAAUCACGUUUGCGAGUACAUUAGUCUUUUGGCAGGAAAAUGGAAACUACCUGUUGUAUCUUGGGGCUGUAUGUCAGGCCAUCUUUCAAACAGAAUAACCUUUCCUACGUUUGCGCGAACCGUUGGACCCUACACCAAAAUGGAAAUAUUGUUAAAGCGUCUAAUGGAUCAUUUCAACUGGAARCGCGUGGCAAUUCUUGCCUCUACCGAUGAUAUAUGGCAGAUAGCAGCUAAUUUAGUCAAAAUUGUGUUUGCAAAAAACAAUGCUGGGAUUGAAGUCGCCCAUUUUCACAGCUUUAUUCCUGGCCGUUUGCAUGUUUUGGAGAGUCGAAUAGACGGCCAAGCUGACCGUAUCAGAGAAGCAACGCACAAAGCAAAAAUUUUUAUCCUGUUGUGCAGUGGAGGUGACAUACGAGAUAUCAUGUUGAAUUUCUUGGAUCUUGGAUUGCUAAAUGGGAAAAAUGCUUUCAUCACAGUUCAUCUGCCAAAAAGGUCUUACAUUGGUAAUAACACAUGGAUGGGUGAUGAUGGCCGUGAUGAUGAUGCUAAAAAAGCCUACGAAGGAGUAUUGAACAUCGAGCAAAAGUUUGGCACCGCGAAAACCAGUGGAGAUAAAGUCCAGUCCUUUUUGGAUCGCGUGCGUCUUCGACUUAAAAAAGAACCAUUUAAUAUUGACCUUCCAGACAAUGAUGCCAUCGAAGCGUACGCAGGGACUAUGUACGAUGCCGUGCUCUUGUACGCCAUUGCUCUUAACGAGACGCUAAGCGAAGGAGGAAGCAAACGGGACGGUCUACUUAUCGCUAGUAAAAUGUACAACAGACAGUUUGAAGGUGUGGCAGGCACAGUGUACAUUGACAACAAAGGAGAUCGCGAUCCCGACUACACCAUACAAACGCUUAUCAACGACCGUUUUCAAGAUAUCGCCCACUACACUCGUUAUAAUGACAAUUUCACUAUAAGAGAUGGUGUUACGAUUAUAUGGCCGGGCGGAUUUCUUACACCGCCUAAGGAUUCUCCUGAUUGUGGCUGGUCAAACGAGCUGUGCGAGGAAAAAGGAGACAGUACAACGUACGUAAUCAUCGCAUGUUGUACCAUUUCUGGAGUGCUGUUCGUUACCAUGGUGUUUGUGUUUGUUUACAGGAAACUAACAUUUGAGCUUGAUCUGGCACAGAAUCAGUCUUGGAAAGUUAAAGAAGAUGAAAUUAUUUUCAGGGAAAAUCCGUACGGACCAUCUCUUCGUUCAGUCAGGAGCUCUCAAAAUAAAAGUGUGAGGUCGUUCAAAUCGAUACAAAGCGGAAAAGACGAGAGCGUAUCGCACAUCAGCAUCAAAUCAGCGAAGUCAACGGACACGAAGUCUUCUGCACGAUGGAGUCUUCACGAGCCUGUAUUCUCGUCAGCUUUCACGUCUAUAGCGAUGUACAAGGCAGAGAUGGUCGCGGUCAAGAGGAUGAAGAAAAAGGAGAUUUCUAUUUCUCGUAAAAUUCUUAUCGAGGUCAAACAAGCUCGUGAGCUCCGUCAUGAGUACAUCAACCCGUUUAUUGGUAUUUGUAUGGAAUCCCGUCAAAUUCUGAUCCUGUCCAAGUAUCUCAAAAGAGGCAGUUUGCAGGAUUUGUUGGAUAACGAAAAUUUCAAGCUUGAUGAGGUGUUUAUAUUGUCCCUGGUUAGAGACGUGGCAACGGGAAUGACUGUCCUGCACAGCAGCCCUGUUCAAGUGCAUGGUCGGCUCAAGUCCUCCAACUGUCUCAUAGACUCACGUUGGGUGUGCAAGAUUGGAGACUGGGGUCUAGGAGAGUUGAGGUCAAGCCUUGAAAGGCUGCCCGCACGCACAGAAGCUCAGGAAUAUAACGAUAUGUUAUGGUGUGCACCUGAGCAUAUCAACAAUAAUCGCAUGGAUUCACGUGGGUCUCAGAAAGGAGAUGUGUACAGCUAUGGCAUCAUCCUGCAAGAAAUUGCCAUGAAAGCCUCGCCUUACUGCAUGUGUACCGAUAUGAGUUCUAAAGAGGUUGUGCAGAAAGUUUCAGCACGCGAGGACCCGCCAUUCAGACCUGUUGUUCCUGUCGAUGCGUGUAAGACAGAACUGCGCACGCUCAUGCAACAGUGCUGGGAAGACGAUCCUGAUAAACGACCACACUUCAAUAAGAUCCUUGAUAAACUCAGAAAGGUUAUGGGCAGAGAUGUUAACAUCAUGGACAACAUGAUUAAUCUGAUUGAAAGACAUGCUGAUAAUCUCGAAGAGUUGGUAGAAGAAAGAACAAGGCAGCUCAUGGAAGAGAAAAAGAAAACUGAUCGACUUYUAUACAAAAUGUUGCCAGCAUCGGUCGCUGACCAAUUGAAGCGUGGUAAAUCCGUGACGCCAGAGCUAUUUGACGAGGUUACUAUAUACUUCAGUGAUGUAGUAGCCUUCAUGGACCUCGCGUCCGACAGUACACCAAUGGAGAUCGUCACGCUUCUCAAUGACUUGUAUUUGGCCUUGGACAAAAUCCUUGCUAAUUAUGAUGUCUAUAAAGUGGAAUCAAUUGGAGAUUGUCUUCUGGUAGUGUCUGGAUUACCAGUGAGGAACGGGAUCCGCCAUGCUGGCGAGAUAGCUACCAUGGCUCUUGACAUACUGAGUUUGAUGACACAUUUCACUAUCAGACACCGUCCACAAAUGAAGCUCCAACUACGUGUUGGUCUGCAUAGUGGCCCAUGUGUGUCAGCAGUAGUAGGGAUUCAGAUGCCGCGUUUCUGUCUUUUUGGUGACACUGUGAACGUUGCUUCUCGUAUGGAAACUACUGGACAAGCUCUCAAGAUUCACAUCAGCGAGAAUUGUUACAACAUAUUGAAAGAGAUCGGUGGAUAUAUCUUCGAGAAAAGAGGAGACGUUUACAUCAAGGGGCGUGGUUUCUGGAAGACCUACUGGCUGACCGGUAAAGAGGGUUAUAGCAAAUCUCUGCCGCAUGUUAAUGCGCCGUCAUCCACUGAGCAGCAGGACGURUUCUAUGCCAGCUAAACAUGCACUAAACAUAUUUUUAU